CAUUUUGCUUGCAUGCUUCUCUCCCUUGCGAUUCUCUCUCUCUCUCUCAACACACCAUUCUUACUUUGCAACCUCAAAGAUUAACAAGAAGGAGAAGAAGAAAGCUUUAACAUACAGUUUUCAUGGCGGUUGAGGCAGGUCAUCACACUCUUUUCCAUCCUCAAAUGAUCAUGACAAACGCCAUUGACAAUCAAACCAACGGUUUAGCAUUCGGAAUGGCUCAUCCUCUUUCAGCUACCACCACGGCCAUGUAUUGCUCUGGUUUCACCGACUCCAUCAACCAUUUUCCGGCGAAUACUGCUCCUAUCAAGGCGGAAAGCGGCCUAACUUGCAGCCUACCAGUUUCUAGGAAACGACCAAGGGAUUCUUCUGAGAUCAAUACCUUGCUUUCCUUUGUUAACAGUCAUAACAUGAACCAGARUCAAAUGGAGCGUUKUGGAAACUAUACGUUUCUCGGAGAAGACAUMUCUUUGCAGAUCCAACAACAACAAUUAGAGAUUGAUCAAUUCAUCGCUCAUCAUACGGAGAAAGUGAGACUCGAUGUCGAAGAGAGACGAAAGAGGAAUUCAAGGAGAAUAAUCGCAGCGGUUGAGGAAGGAAUCUCGAAGAGAUUGAGAGCUAAAGAAGAAGAAAUCGUGAAGAUCGCCAAAUUAAAUUGGGCAUUGGAAGAGAAAGUCAAGUCUCUGUGUGUAGAGAAUCAAAUCUGGCGAGAAUUAGCUCAAACAAACGAAGCAACAGCCAACGCAUUACGCAACAACUUGAAGCAAGUUCUAGAACAGGUCGUCCAUGACGAUUACCGCCACCGUACCACGACGACAUGUGUCGACGACGCGGCGGCGUUGGCCGAAGAUGCACAAUCAUGCUGUGAAAGCAACAAUGAAGAAAAUCGUCCACCAAUCGAUCUGGAUAACAUCAACGAUGAUUGUAGCAGCAAUAACAACAUCAACAACAACAACAACAGAUUGUGCAAAAAGUGUGGUAAGGAAGAAUCAUGUGUUCUACUGCUUCCUUGCAGACAUCUCUGCCUUUGCACAGUAUGUGCUUCUUCAGUCAACAUUUGCCCUAUUUGUAAAUCUACAAAGAACAUCAGUGUUCAUGUGAACAUGUCCUGAUGAUUCAAAAUUUUCUUUCGAUUUUCAGUAUCACAAUGACAAAUAGUUUGAAAAAACUAACAAAUUGUAGCCAUUAAAUCAUUAGUUUUUUGUUUUGUUUUGUUAAUAAUCCAUUCUGCUUCUUGUUCAUCUUCAAUCCAUCAAUCAAAUCAAUCUAUAAAUGAUCUGCUAAUCU